AUGAAUCUAUACCAUUAUCAUAUGGCUAUCAAACUGGAAAAGAGGGUCCGGUGGUUUCAAGUACGAAAGUAUUUAGACGAGAACUUCGGGAUAAAGGUGAAUUUCAGCGAUAAUCACACCACCUACUACAGCGCGUACCGUUACGUCACGAAAGAAGACAAGGACGCUUUGCACUCGCCUUGCCAUCCAGAUUUAACGGACGUUCCUCCUCAAACCGAAUCUGCUGUGGCCACGAAAAAGAGGAAAGCGAAGGCUAAGCAACAGCGCCGUAAGUCUAAGAAAAGAGGAGGUGAUCGCCUGAGCACUUUUGACGUGUGUCAGCUGGUGCAAGCCAAAUCCAUAAGUUCACGCUUAGAGCUGGUGUCUUUAGCGGCGGCUCAAGUUAGAGAAGGGAAAACCGCGUUGGCCGAAUUUAUUGCCAACCGGGGAAGUAAAGCGGUCGAUGAAGCCAUUCAGUUAGCGAAGGAAUUUGCCGAGGCCGAAACACGUUUAAAUCGGUCUAAAAAACUCGCAUUGAACUGCUAG